CGGAAAGAUUGGGUAUCGUUUUCCUUUUGUUGGGAGGAAUUUGGUUUGCGUGGAAAGUCUCAGCCAUCCUUUUGGGUUUGGUUUUUGUAGCCAUCGCGUUUCAAUUACAAGUGGCCACCAAAUGUACAGAAACCACAGCUCUUCCACCCCGUCGCCAACCCUAAAAUGCUGCUGCUGCUGCUGCUCCUCCUAAACCCUGCUUCGAGCCUCCUCUUCUCCCCCCUCUUUUUCACGCUCGGCAUCAGCCCUAAAGGCAGAGCAACUGCCAGAAGCUACGCACCAGCGGGAAUGGCGAAACACUCCGUCAGCUGGCCACUUGUGCACAAGAGAUGGCUGCUGGGUCUGUUAAUCAUGCUCUCCAUUUCCACCGUCAUUGCUUUCUUUAUCAGGUCCGCUCUCGAUUCCUGCGAUCGUCACUUGGAACAAGUUUCUCAGGAAUCUUCUGCCAAUGCUCCGGUGCCUCCCAAUCCCCUCACCUUCAUGAGAUCCAAGCGUGUACUCAUGGUCUCGCAUGAACUUUCCCUUUCGGGUGGGCCAUUGUUGCUCAUGGAGCUAGCGUUUCUACUAAGGACUGUUGGUGCUGGAGUUUCUUAGAUAACUAUCCAAAAACCUCUGCAAACUGAUGGAGUGAUUUACAAUUUGGAGGACAAAAUGUUGGUCCGAGGAGUGCAGGUAAUAUCCGCAAAGGGACAAGAAGCUAUAGAUGCUGCCCUCACAGCUGAUCUGGUUGUUCUGAAUACAGCAGUUGCUGGGAAAUGGCUGGAUCCUGUUCUUAAGGGAAAUCUUUCUCGUGUUCUUCCAAAAGUUUUGUGGUGGAUCCACGAGAUGCGGGGGCACUACUUCAAAUUGGAUUUUGUCAAACAUCUUCCUUUGGUUGCUGGCGCUAUGAUUGAUUCACAUGUCACCGCUGAUUACUGGAAGAAUCGAACCCAAGAGCGUCUGGGGAUUAAAAUGCCUGAGACCUAUGUUGUUCAUCUUGGUAAUAGCAAGGAACUUAUGGAGGUUGCGGAAGAUAGUAUUGCAAAUAGGGUUUUGCGUGAGCACAUCCGGGAAUCUCUUGAAGUUCGAGAUGAAGAUUUACUGUUUGGCAUUAUAAACAGUGUUUCACGUGGAAAGGGCCAAGAUCUGUUUCUACGCUCCUUCUAUGAGACUUUACAACUGAUCCAGGAGCGGAAGUUGCAAGUUCCAUCUGUGCAUGCUGUAAUAGUGGGGAGUGACAUGGGUGCACAAACCAAGUUUGAAACGGAGUUGCGGAACUAUGUGAUGCAGAAAAAGAUCCAACACCGUGUUCACUUUGUGAACAAGACUCUUACUGUUGCUCCUUACUUAGCUGCAAUCGACGUUCUCGUUCAGAACUCUCAGGCCCGGGGAGAAUGUUUUGGGAGGAUAACCAUUGAAGCAAUGGCAUUUCAGUUGCCUGUCCUGGGAACUGCUGCUGGUGGCACUGCAGAGAUAGUUGUGAAUGGGACUACUGGCAUGCUGCAUCCAGUUGGGAAAGACGGAGUUCCGGAGCUUGCCAAAAACAUGGUGAAACUUGCAACUCAAGUAGAGAGGAGGCUUACAAUGGGGAAGAGAGGCUAUGAGCGUGUGAAGGAGAUGUUUCUAGAACAUCACAUGGCACAUCGAAUUGCUGUUGUGCUGAAGGAUAUACUGAGAAAGGCGAAGGAUAACCAACAUCGACAUACAAUUUGAGCCUAGCUAUAUUAUUUUUGUGUUCAGAGAUCAAAAGGUGUGACUAGUUUGAAUACAUUUCUUUGUUCCAUAAGUCAUUUCUCCCAUCAAGGCAGCAGUACAAAGAUGAUUUUAAGAGAGAUUUAACUAUAGGGAAAAGAUGCAGUUACGGCCCCCAAGUCUCUGCCUUCACAGAAGUACUGUAACUUGUGUACAUACUAGGAUGAGUUCCAAUGAUGUCUCCAUAGCGUUGCUGAGUUUGCAUUUUGUCUCGAGUCUUUCAACUUUCCUGGUGGUAAAUUUGAUUAAUUUCUGUUGGCAUGCUGUUAAUUGGCUUGUAGGAAGGGAUGUUUGUUAGUUCCGGUCUGUGUGCGAUGUUCAAACUUUUGUCUAUCAUGCAGGCAUGUAAUGAUGUAAGCUCG